AGUCUCUGCCCGCGGCGCACGUGGUGACGUAACAAGCGCGCGCGACGAUUCGAGGUACUUUGUGGCCGCGAGUGCGUCUUCCACGAACCUAAUUCAUCUUUCCAGCAAAGGACACCUGCAGAGAUGUCCCCAGUCCUUCACUUCUAUGUUCGUCCCUCUGGCCAUGAGGGGGCAGCCUCUGGACACACUCGAAGGAAACUGCAAGGGAAACUGCCAGAGCUGCAGGGCAUCGAGACUGAACUGUGCUACAAUGUGAACUGGACAGCUGAGGCCCUCCCCAGUGCUGAGGAGAUGAAGAAGCUGAUGUGGCUGUUUGGUUGCCCGUUAUUGCUGGAUGAUGUUGCUCGGGAGUCCUGGCUCCUUUCUGGCUCCAGUGACCUGCUGCUGGAGGUCGGGCCCAGGCUGAACUUCUCCACUCCAACAUCUACCAACAUCGUGUCAGUGUGUCACGCCGCUGGGCUGGAGCCUGUGGAUCGUGUGGAGACCACCCGGCGCUACCGGCUCUCGUUUGCCCACCCUCCGUCGGCUGAGGUGGAAGCCAUUGCUCUGGCUACCCUGCACGACCGGAUGACAGAGCAGCACUUCCGCCAUCCCAUCCAGAGUUUCUCCCCUGAGAGCAUCCUGGAACCCCUCAAUGGCCCUAUCAAUAUACUGGGCGAGGGCCGGCUUGCGCUAGAGAAGGCCAACCAGGAGCUUGGUCUGGCUUUAGACUCUUGGGACCUAGACUUCUACACCAAGCGCUUCCAGGAGCUACAGCGGAACCCGAGCACUGUGGAGGCCUUUGACUUGGCUCAGUCCAAUAGCGAGCACAGCCGACACUGGUUCUUCAAGGGCCAGCUCCACGUGGAUGGGCAGAAGCUGGAGCACUCACUGUUUGAGUCCAUCAUGAGCACCCAGAAAUCCUCAAACCCCAACAACGUCCUCAAAUUCUGUGAUAACAGCAGUGCAAUCCAGGGAAAGGAAGUCCGAUUCCUACGGCCUGAGGACCCCACACGGCCAAGCCGUUUCCGGCAACAGCAAGGUCUGAGACAUGUUGUCUUCACAGCGGAGACUCACAACUUUCCCACAGGAGUAUGCCCCUUUAGUGGUGCGACCACUGGUACAGGGGGCCGGAUUCGAGAUGUCCAGUGCACAGGCCGUGGGGCCCAUGUGGUGGCUGGCACUGCCGGCUAUUGCUUUGGAAAUCUGCAUAUUCCAGGUUACAAUCUGCCCUGGGAGGAUCCAAGCUUCCAGUAUCCUGGGAACUUUGCCCGACCCCUGGAGGUUGCCAUUGAAGCCAGUAAUGGAGCUUCUGACUAUGGCAACAAGUUUGGGGAACCAGUGUUGGCUGGCUUCGCCCGCUCUUUGGGCCUGCAGCUCCCAGACGGCCAGCGGCGUGAGUGGAUCAAGCCCAUCAUGUUUAGUGGGGGCAUUGGGUCCAUGGAAGCUGACCACAUAAGCAAGGAGGCCCCAGAGUCAGGCAUGGAAGUUGUAAAGGUUGGAGGUCCCGUCUACAGGAUUGGAGUUGGAGGUGGAGCUGCUUCGUCUGUGCAGGUGCAGGGAGAUAACACCAGUGACCUGGACUUUGGGGCUGUGCAGCGAGGAGACCCGGAGAUGGAACAGAAGAUGAACCGUGUGAUCAGGGCUUGUGUGGAGGCCCCCCAGGGAAACCCCAUCUGUAGCCUUCACGAUCAGGGCGCUGGUGGCAAUGGCAACGUCCUAAAGGAGCUGAGUGACCCAGCUGGAGCCAUCAUUUACACCAGCCGCUUCCAGCUCGGGGACCCGACCCUGAAUGCCCUGGAAAUCUGGGGGGCUGAGUACCAGGAAUCAAAUGCACUUCUCCUGAGGUCCCCUGACCGGAACUUCCUGACUCGUGUCAGUGCCCGUGAACGUUGCUCGGCUUGCUUCGUGGGCACCAUCACUGGAGACCGAAGGAUAGUGCUGGUGGACGAUCGGGAGUGUCCUGUCGGAAGAAAUGGCCAGGGGGAUGCCCCCCCGACACCCCCGCCAACCCCUGUGGACCUGGAGCUCGAAUGGGUGCUGGGCAAGAUGCCUCGGAAGGUAUGUGGGGUUGGGGGGAUGAGUUUCUCCUGUGGUCUGCUCGACACCACCCUUUACCCCACAUGCACUUUGUCACCUGUGUGCCCGGCCCGCCACAGGUGCUCACACUCCCUGUCGCCGUCUGUGUUGCAGGAGUUCUUCCUCCAGAGGAAGCCCCCUGUGCUGCAGCCUUUGGCCUUGCCCCCAGGGCUGAGCGUGCGCCAGGCUCUGGAGAGGGUUCUGAGGCUGCCCGCUGUGGCCAGCAAGCGCUACCUCACCAAUAAGGUGGACCGCUCCGUGGGCGGCCUGGUGGCCCAGCAGCAGUGUGUGGGGCCCCUGCAGACUCCUCUGGCAGAUGUAGCGGUUGUGGCACUGAGCCAUGAGGAGCUCGUAGGGGCUGCCACAGCCUUGGGAGAGCAGCCAGUCAAGAGCCUGCUGGACCCCAAGGUCGCCGCCCGGCUGGCCGUGGCUGAAGCCCUCACCAACUUGGUGUUUGCUCUGGUCACGGACCUCCGGGAUGUGAAGUGUAGCGGGAACUGGAUGUGGGCAGCCAAGCUCCCAGGGGAGGGCGCAGCUUUGGCGGACGCCUGUGAGGCUAUGGUGGCAGUGAUGGCAGCCCUGGGUGUGGCAGUGGACGGUGGCAAGGACUCCCUUAGCAUGGCUGCUCGGGUUGGCACUGAGACCGUGCGGGCUCCUGGGUCACUGGUCAUCUCAGCCUAUGCCGUCUGCCCAGACAUCACAGCCACUGUGACCCCAGACCUCAAGCAUCCUGAAGGGAGAGGCCAUCUGCUUUAUGUGCCUUUGAGCCCUGGGCAGCACCGGCUGGGGGGCACGGCUCUGGCCCAGUGCUUCUCCCAGCUCGGGGAGCACCCUCCAGACCUGGACGUUCCUGAGAACUUGGUGCGUGCCUUCAGCAUCACCCAGGGGCUGCUGAAAGACCGCCUCCUCUGCUCAGGCCACGAUGUCAGCGAUGGAGGCCUCGUCACAUGCCUGCUGGAGAUGGCCUUUGCUGGAAAUUGUGGGCUACAGGUGGAUGUGCCUGUCGCUGGGGUUGAUGUCCUGUCUGUGCUGUUCGCUGAGGAGCCAGGCCUGGUGCUGGAGGUGCAGGAGCCAGACCUGGCCCAGGUGCUGAAGCGUUACUGGGAUGCUGGCCUCCACUGCCUGGAGCUGGGCCACACAGGCGAGGCCGGGCCCCACGCCACGGUCCGGGUGUCAGUGAACGGGGCUGUGGUUCUGGAGGAGCCUGUUGGGGAGCUGCGAGCCCUCUGGGAGGAGACGAGUUUCCAGCUGGACCGGCUGCAGGCAGAGCCUCGCUGUGUGGCGGAGGAGGAACGGGGCCUGAGGGAGCGGACGGGGCCCAGCUAUUUCCUGCCCCCCACCUUUCCCAAAGCCUCCGUGCCCCGUGAGCCUGGUGGUCCCAGCCCCCGAGUCGCCAUCUUGCGAGAGGAGGGCAGUAAUGGAGACCGGGAGAUGGCUGAUGCCUUCCACUUGGCUGGGUUUGAGGUAUGGGACGUGGCCAUGCAGGACCUCUGCUCUGGGGCCAUUGGGCUGGACACUUUCCGCGGUGUGGCCUUCGUGGGCGGCUUCAGCUAUGCAGAUGUCCUGGGCUCUGCCAAAGGGUGGGCAGCUGCCGUGACCUUCCAUCCCCUGGCCGGGGGUGAGCUGAGGCGCUUCCGGAAGCGACCAGACACCUUCAGCCUGGGCGUGUGUAAUGGCUGUCAACUGCUGGCUCUGCUGGGCUGGGUAGGAGGCGACCCCAAUGAGGAUGCCGUGGAGAUGGGCCCUGACUCCCAGCCGGGCCUUCUGCUACGCCACAACCUGUCUGGGCGCUAUGAGUCUCGCUGGGCCAGCGUGCGUGUGGGGCCUGGGCCAGCCCUGAUGCUGCGAGGGAUGGAGGGCGCCGUGCUGCCCGUGUGGAGUGCGCACGGGGAAGGUUAUGUGGCAUUUUCUUCUCCGGAACUCCAAGCUCAGAUUGAAGCCAGGGGCUUGGCUCCACUGCACUGGGCAGAUGAUGACGGGAACCCCACAGAGCAGUACCCUCUGAAUCCCAAUGGGUCCCCAGGGGGCGUGGCUGGCAUCUGCUCCCGUGAUGGCCGCCACCUGGCUCUCAUGCCUCACCCUGAGAGGGCCGUGAGGCCUUGGCAGUGGGCAUGGCGACCCCCUCCAUUUGAUACUCUGACCACCUCCCCCUGGCUCCAGCUCUUUAUCAAUGCCCGAAACUGGACCCUGGAGGGGAGCUGUUGACUGGCCACAGGGGCUCACCUAGGUCCCAUGGUUUUUCUGGUGAGUGUGUGCUGCCCUCUCCCCCGUGACUUUCAGGAGCACCCCAUGUUAUUUCCAAAAGCAUCUUGGACAGACAAGGACCAAAAUACAAAAUCUCAGCGGACUCAAUGAUCUGCCUGCUGAUGUUCCUUC